GCUGGGCGAGGUCACAAGAGCUUCAUAUCUCUCUUUUUUUCCCCAAUUCGAAUCGUCGUGCUGUUGAACGGCUGCUGCAUUGUUGGAAGUGAGAGUGGUGAUAUUUCAAGAUUGAAGCGGGUGCGAGAGUUGGAUUCGGCAUGACCUUUGACGAUACGACGAACCAACUACGAUACCCAACCUCAAUAGAGGGACGCAAGAAUACCAUGGCCUCACGAGACCCAUCACCAUCACCAUCGCCAUGGCGCUGGCCUUCACUUUCGAAAGAUCGCCUCAUCACCCUCCUCGCCGCCGACCUCCUCCUCCUAACCAGCGUCCUCACCACCCUGCUCCUCCCGCACAUCCCCUCACCGCUACUAUACCCAGUAUGGGGUCUCGCGAAGGCCUACGCGAUCUACCUCCAACUUCUGGUCCUGCCGUGCCUACUCGGGAUCUGGGGUGCCGUGAAGGAAUCACCCCUCCCAACAACCAUCCUAUCCACAACCCUCCUCAUCGACGCCCUCCUCUCCCUCCCCCCCCGCCUCCUCCUCAUCGCCUCCCUCGCGCGAGCACCAGCCCGCUGCGGCGCCCCCGGUACGCCGGCACAGGGCAUAAUCUGGACGGGCUGCGCGGACGCGGCGAUAGGACCGAUUGUUGUUGUUGUCGUUGUGGUGGUGGCCAGUGGGCUGGAGGCGUGGGGGGGGUGGUGGGUUAGGGGGUGGGGGGGGCGGUUGGGGGUUGAGCAGAGGAAGGAGCGAGAGGAGGAGGGGGAGGGGGGGAAGGAGAGGUUUUGUGAUGAGGUUUAGGGGGUGUGCAUGAGGAUGGCGGUGGUGGUGGAUGAGGGGAGGUUAAAAAUUACAUCGACUUGGGAAUUUGGCGUGAGGUUUGAACUUUGGCGUGGGAUUUGGGGGAUGAGGUUGAGGCGUGGGAUAGGACUGGAGAGGGAUAGGACACGAGGGAUAGGAUGGGGUGGCGUUAUUUUGCUGAGAUAUGCUUGCUGCUUGCUGCUGGCUGCUGGCUGCUGGCU